AAAAUUUUACAACUAUUAUUAGCUCCAACCCUAUUUCUCUUUCCUCUUGUUCUCCUAUGUUGAAAAUUGAAAAACCUAAUCCUUAUCCUUGUUGUCUGUAGAACUCUUAUUAACCUACACCCACUCCCUCCUUAUCCUACGCACCCUAUCCACCCUGAGUCUUUCUUGUAAUUGAUGAGAAGCAACCCUAUAAUCUGGAAACCCAAAAGGAGAAGAAGACGAAGAGGACAAGGGUGAGGAGAGGAGGGUAAAUCUGUAAAAAGGUCCAAAACAGCAACUUCGAUAAGACUGUCUGUUUAUUUGUUUGUGUGGUUGAUGAUGGAGGUUCUACUAGGUGGUCCAACGUUUAGCAUCGAGGUGUCUCCGCCGCCGACAACGACAAAGUACGCUGUUGUCGUUUCGUCGGCUGCGAUCGGUGAUGUGGAUUCCGCGAUCCGAAACGAAGUCGGGUCGGCGUUUGAGAUCCGUGAACCCGUGAAGGCUCCGGAGGAGGAAGAAGAAGAUGAGGAAUCGUGUGAGAGUUCGUCUUCGAUCGGAGCCCCGGACGAUAGCGAAGAAGAUGAUGAUGAUGAAAACGAUGACGUUUCGUCCAAGGAAGUCCAGAGCAAUUUCAAGCGUGGACUUGGUUCUUUGUCUUCUUUGGAAGACACUCUUCCCAUCAAGAGGGGAUUAUCGAAUCACUUUACUGGGAAAUCAAAGUCAUUUGCUAAUCUCUCAGAAGUGGAAGUGGUAGGUACAGUGAAGGAUUUGGAGAAACAAGAGAACCCAUUUAACAAGAGGAGGAGGGUUUUGAUUGCUUCCAAGUGGAACACAAAGAGAUCUUCCUUUUACAGCUCCUUUAACCCUAAAUCCAUGCCUCUAUUGGCUCUAAACGAAGAUGAAGAUGAUGAACAUCAUCAAGAGCGACAAGAAUACCCAUCAUCUUCAUCUUCUUCCUCACCUUCUUCUUCAUCAUCAUCAUCGGAGAAAAAAGCACAAGAAGAUCGAAAACAUCAAGAGAGAAUACCAAGUAAAUUGCAUGAUAGGAGGCUCUUGAGUUUCAAGUCAAGGAGUUGUUUUUCUCUCUCAGAUCUGCAAGAACAUGAUGAACAGGAUGAUGAUUAGGCAUUAGCUAAGGUCUCUCUUUUUUUUUUUUUUUUUUUUUUUUUUUUUUUUUUUUUUUUUUUUUUUUAA